AUGCGCGAGAUCCUGCGUCUCUCGCACUUGAUGCAGGUGCAGAAGACGAUGAGAGGUUUCACGCCGUUCGUGCUUCUGCUUGCGACCAAGGUGGACUUCAGCACGGGCCAUGCCGUGAACGUUUUACAGCACGAUGGAAGGCGUGCCCUUUCUGCGGUGGAAGAGGCCAACGAUCUGGACUUGUUCUAUCGCCGUCUGGAUCCUGGCCCUGGACAAUGCUGCGGGAUGUGCACCCAGCUUACUCUCAACUCGCGGAUUGUGGAGCUUCUCGUUUCGGGAGACGACGCAAACGCCGGCGAUCUCAACCCUGCCGUUCUCGGGGCAGGAGCGAGCUUCAACAUCAUCAUCAUCAUGACCAUUGUCUUCACCGAUAACGCCGCCGCGGACCCGUCGAAGGUAGAAAUGAACGUGUUCGAAGUGGUCAUCACGCCCGACGACUGGACCGAUGUGCCGUGCAGCUAUCUCGAGGAUGACUGCGUGGUUUUCGAAAACGACGAACUGUUCAUGUUCGCCCCCGAUGCCCCGGGCGGGUUCGCCACGCUCAGUCUCGAUGCCGUAAAUGAGAUCAACGCCAAUACCGAUAUCAAUGUUAUUAGUACCAAGUGUACCCUCGUUUGCGAGAAUGCCAGCGACUGCGACAGCGACCUCGACCCAGCCGACGAUGGCGUUGAUUUCGGGGUAAUCCAGCAAUCCAUGUUCAACAACGGCUUUUGCACCCCUAGGAUAUGGGAUGACCCGCACCUGACUGGCCUCCGCGGCCAGCAUUUCGACUGGUAUGGGCAGGAUGGCGGCUGGUACGCCUUCCUGUCGACUCCGGAUCAGCUUCAGAUGAACCUUCGCGUCACCUCUCACCUGCCCGCGACGUUUCCCGAGCGCCAGUUGGUGACCGGAGUUGCCCUGGUGACCGAAGGUGGCCAUACGAUCACGGCCGACAUAGUAGACCCCCUUGAUCUUGCACCCACUUGCCACGGAACCGUCGACGCCGUCGGAUCGGCGCCUUGUCUGGUCAACGGUGGUCUCCGCAUAACUGUAGAUGGGCGCGAGCAGCUGCAAGGCGCUGGUGAGUACGACUUCGACGGAGACAUCCACAUCACGGCCGUCAAUCUCCCCCUCGAGUGCCAGCGGUUCGGCGACUACAUGAUGUGGGGCGACCUCGACGUGGAGCAGAGGCUCAGAGGGGGUUCGCGUUCUCUGCGGUCCGCUGAAACGGUCUUCGACUGGCUCGUGGCGGAUUCUGUCAUGAUUGCCCCGGCGUGGUGCGUAAAGUACCUCAAGGAGCUCAAUGGCGACGUGACCGCCCUCGCCAGCAUGAAGUCCAGCCAUGCAGUGCUUCGGAUCGGGACGCCAAACCUGUCACUGCGUGUGAACGUGGGCAUCAACACGGAGCGGGAGCAGACCUUGCAGGACGGUCGGGUCGUGCCCACUGCCUCCUUCUGGCAGAUGGACGUGCGCGUCGAGCACGCCGAGGGUAUGGCAACCGCCAAGGGAAUGCUCGAAACUUACGGUUACGUUUGUAGUCUCAACGGGCUGAGUUUGGAAUGGAUUUUGGGCGGCUGUUUUGUUGUUUGCUGGAUUAGGACUCGUCCGAGGAGGUCGGGUAUGCUACAUCGCGGUAUUUGUGAACGAGCGGCGGUGGUUUAACAGUAAAAGGGAAGUGGUGCCCAACCGAGGAAGCAAGCGCAGAUGGCAGUACAUGUAGUUGUAUCACUACGGUGGAAAAAAGAGUUAAUUCUCUCGC